AUGUUAAAGUCAGAACAAAAAGAAAACACGUCGAUUUUGCCCUACUCUCAUUUUCCCUCUUCUCCUCUUCUCGUUCUUUCUAGUUCACACGAUAUCUCCCACUGCAACCAGCCGGCUCUGCCUCCGAUCUGCAACCAGCCGGACACUUCCUCCGGCAACGAUGUCGCCUCCGCCAUCACCGCCGGCAGCAAAGACCUCCAGCUCCUCCGAAGUCAUCGACGCAACAUACCUUCUCCCUCCGACUGCUGUCGCCACUCUCUUGUCGCCACCACCAUCGUCGAAGUUGCUGAUGUAGCUGCAGAAGGGUUCCUCUUGAACACCAUUUUAUCAGGCAUCAAAUAUUUGAAGAUGGGCAUUUGA